UGCACUGAGUGGCCUUGGUCCCUCGUGUGCCAGAGAGGAGGCGGGAGGAGGGACGCCUAUGAGAGCCUCCUCAAGCUCUUUUGGCUGCUGUUCCCAGGGGCCUUGGCCCGGGGAGGAUGGUGUACACAUGGGUGGCUGCUUCUGCAUCCCCGGGGAGCGGAGUCUGUCCUGGGGCUCAGGCAAAGAAAGUCCUUCCAAGGAUCCAACCAUAUCCAGUGAGUGUAUAGCCUCUCCUGAAUCUCGGGGAAAAUGUUUCCUGCCACAGAACAUGAUACCAGUCUGCUGCUUCUCCUUGCUCUCUCUCAGAUCUGACGCUGUCCUUCUGCGUGAAGAGCCGCUCCCGGAGGUGCGUCAACGGAGCCCUGCAGGAAGCUGCGUGCAGGCGGCUCUGGGCGCUGGAGAAUGAGGACCAGGGCGCUCGCACGCUGUUCAAGGAUCUCUCUGCAAGGUUGGUGAUGAUCCAGUCCCAGAGAGCACAGUUCCUGAUCACGUUUAAGACCAUGGAGGAAAUCUGGAAGUUCUCUACCUACCUGGAUUUAGGCUAUGUGUCCACAUGUCUAGAGCAUCUCCUCUUUGACCACAAGUACUGGCUUAACUGCAGAUUGGUAGAGGAUACGGAGAUUCAAGUUUCUGUAGAUGAGAAACAUCUGGAAACCAUGUAUCUGAGUCUCCUGAUACAGGAAGGUCACUUCUUCUGCAGAGCCACGUGCUCCGUGGCUCAGCCAGCUGAGAAGGAAGGGGAGUGUUUGGGGCUUUGCAAGAAUGAAUUAAUUUCCGUGAAGACCUCGGAAGGGGAAUCGGCGUGGGAAGGCGUGUCCUUAGUGAGUGGCCAACGGGGCUUGGUUCCGGUGUCGGCCCUGGAGCCCCUGCCCGUCCCUUUCCAUCAAUGGUUCCUAAAGAAUUAUCCAGGAAGCUGUGGUCUUUCCAGGAAGAGGGAUUGGACAGGCUCUUAUCAGAUCGGCAGAGGAAGAUGUAAGGCCUCGAGGGAUUAUGAACAGGAAGAAAAGGAUGAACUGAGUUUCCACCAGGGAGAAAGCAUCGAGAUCAUCGGCUUUGUCAUACCUGGACUUCAGUGGUUCAUUGGGAAGUCAGUGAGCUCAGGAGCAGUAGGCUUUGUCCCCACCAGGAGCAUAGAUCCUGAUUCCUACUCCCCAGUAAGCAAGAGCUCUGCCUUUUUCAGUGAUGAAGAGAGAUGCUCUCUGUGGCCCCUGGGAAGCGAAAGAAAAGCUGAGUGUGCCAGCUUCCUCCGCACACUGGCUCAAACUGACAUCACAUCUGUCUAUCGUCUUAGUGGCUUUGAAUCCAUCCAGAAUCUUCCCAGUGACUUGAGUGCAACUCAGCCCGAAGGCUUCAAGGAGGCCAGGCCCGGCACAGUCAGGGAGGAGCAUCAGGCUGUGGACUCCAGAUGGUCCAGCAGCUCUGGGGACUCCAGCCUGGAGGAGGAGCUCCUUUCACUUGCCUCAGACAGCUAUCACCUGCCGGAGCCCGAUGACCUUGAUGACCCGGAACUGUUCAUGAACCUACACACUGGUCAGGAUGAGGAGGAAGCUGAGAAUUUUGCCCCCAUAUUGGCUUUUCUGGAUCAUGAGGGUUACACUGACCAUUUCAAGAGCCUCUAUGAUUUCUCCUUCUCUUUCCUCACUUCUUCCUUUUACUGCUUCUCUGAGGAGGAUGAGCUUAUGGUCUACCUGGAGAACUCAAGGAAGUGGGCCAAGAGAAGCCACAUGACCUGGGCCCAUGCGCGGCUCUGCUUCCUCCUGGGUCGUCUGAGUGUCAGAAAACUCAAACUCUCCCAGGCCAGGGUAUACUUUGAAGAAGCCAUUGACAUUCUCCAGGGGGCAUUUGAGGACUUAGCCCUGGUUGCUGCUUUGUAUAUCAAUUUGGCUGCCAUCUAUCUGAGGCAGAGGCUAACACAUAAAGGGCCGGCCCUGCUGGAAAAAGCGGGUACCCUGCUGGCUUGCCUGCCUGACCGGGAGUCCAGUGCCAAGAAUGAACUUGACGUGGUGGCCUACGUGCUACGCCAGAGCAUUGUGGUAGGCAGCUGCCCUCUGGAGUCCAGGGCCUGCUUUCUGGCUGUCCGACUGCUCCUGAGCCUAGGCCGGCUUGAGGAGGUCCUGCCUUUUGCUGAGCGCCUGCAAAUCCUCUCUGGACACCCUCCUGCCUCUGAUGCUACAGCCACCAUCUUGAGUUUUCUGUAUGACAAGAAAUACCUUCCAUACCUUGCAGUGGCCUCGGUCCAGCACUGUGGUUCUCAGAAUACUCAUGGUUUGCCUCAUCUAGUUUGGCAGGUCUGCUUGGUCCUCCAGAACACCACCAAGCUCCUUGGUAGCCCCUGCUCAAGCUGGGGUGAAGUUUCUGCACUGGCUUGCCCAACUCUCAGGCAGGCAUUGGCUGCCUGUGAACAACAGACUGAUUGGAGCACUCAGAGGACCUUGUGCCUCAUCUUGUCCAAAAUGUACCUCCAAUAUAGGUCUCCUGAUGUUGCCAUCUACUACCUGAGCCAGGCCCUAGUGCUAGGGCAGCUGCUGGGUGAACAGGAAGCCUUUGAGUCUUCCCUCUGUCUAGCAUGGGCCUAUCUCUUAGCCAGCCAGGCAAAGAAGGCUUUGGAGAUCCUUGAGCCACUGUUAUGCUCCAUGAAGGAGCCAGAGAGUGUCACCCACAAGGGAGUGAUCCAUAACCUCCUGGGACUUGCACUUCAAGAUGAAGGCCGGGUGAACAGGGCAGCCAGGAGCUAUCUCCGGGCCUUGAGCAGAGCACAGGAUGCAGGAGAUGUGCAUAAUCAGGCGGUGACUAUGGCCAAUCUUGGCCACCUGAGUCUUAAGGCUCAGCAGUCAGCCAAGAACUAUCUUCUGCAAGCAGUUCGACUCUAUUCUGAACUUCAGGCCAGCAAGGACACAGAUAUGGAAUUGGUACAGGUGCUCCUCUGGCUGGCCCAAGUUCUUGUGUCUGGACACCAGCUGACCCAGGGCCAGCUUUGUUAUGAAAUGGCACUGCUGUUUGGCUUAAGGCAUCAACACCUAAAGAGUCAGCUUCAGGUCACCAAAUCCCUCUGCCAUUUCUAUAGCUCUGUGUCCCCAAAUCCUGAGGCAUGCAUUACCUACCACGAACACUGGCUGGCUUUGGCCCAACAGCUCCGGGACCGGGAGAUGGAAGGAAGCCUGCUGGAGUCCCUUGGGCAGCUCUAUCGGAACCUGAACACAGCCAAGUCCCUCAGGAGGUCUCUCACCUGCAUCAAGGAGAGCCUGCGCAUAUUCAUCGACCUGGAGGAGAGAGACAAGGCAGCAGAGGCCUGGCUCGGGGCUGGACGACUCUACUACCUCCUGCAGGAGGACGAGCUGGUGGAGCUCUACUUCCAGGCAGCCAUCCAGGCAGCCUUGAAGUUAGAGGAGUCCUCCUUGGCUCUCAAACUUUACGAAGAAGCAGGUGAUGUGUUCUUCAAUGGGACCCGCCACAGGCAUCGCGCGGUGGAGUAUUACCGGGCUGGGGCUGUUCCUUUAGCAAGGAGGCUGAAAGCACUCAGAACUGAGCUUCGGCUUUUCAACAAACUGACGGAGCUGCAGAUCGGCCUUGAGGGCUAUGAGAAGGCUUUGGAGUUCGCCACGCUUGCUGCCAGGCUGAGCAUAGUCACAGCCUUCCAAUUCCUAGGAGACCAGAAGCAGAAGCUGGUGGCCUUUCACCGCCUGGCUACAGUGUACUACUUACUGCAUAUGUACGAGAUGGCCGAGGACUGCUACUUGAAGGCUCUUUCCCUUUGCCCACCAUGGCUGCAGAGUCCCAAGGAGGUGCUGUAUCAUGCUAAGGUGUAUUAUCGCCUAGGCCGACUCACCUUCUACCAACUGAAGGAUGCUCACGGUGCCACUGAAUACUUCUUGCUGGCCCUGGCAGCCGCGGUCCUACUCGAUGAUGAGGAGCUGCAGGACACCAUUAGGAGCAGGCUGGACGAUAUCCGCCAGAGCCCUCUGUGGCACAGCAGCCCCUUGGGGUGCUCCUCAGAGCGGGCGAGGUGGCUAAGCAGUGGGGGCCUGGCGCUCUGAGGGGAGCCCGCCCACCUAGGACCAUUUGCCGUGGCUGGACGCUGCCUCCCUGCCUAGGAUCUCAGAUGCUGAGGGGAGGCUCUGAGUCCUCUCCUGACCCAGCCUGCUCAUGUCACUGGGAGAAGUCCAGAGGGAGAGGGGCUCAUCCUGGGCCACACAAGGAGUUGAUGGUGGAGCCACAGUGGGACAUCCUGGCUCGGGGCCUUAUCUCCAGGUAUCGGUGGCCUUUCCACACAAGCAGCCCGAGAAACACACCUUCUCAUCAUGUAGUUCUGGAGGAAAUGAGGAAACUUUACCCCAGCGAGGAAAUCAGGUGCUGUGCUGUCAAGGCAGGCAGAUCAAAGUUCAUGCCCUUCCCCCAUUUUCUCAGGGAAAGAUCCUACCACUUGUCAGGGAAGAACCCAUGGUUUCUUUCUUCAAAACCAAAGGAGGUGCCACUCCUCAUGCUCAUGAGGGGACUGACAGGAGAGAAUUCAUCAUGUUCUUAGCUAAAAGGCCAGCCUCAGGAUGGCCAGAGGGAGCACAGGACAUGAGGUUGGUGCUGACUGGGAUUCAUGUUUCUGUCCUGGCCCCAGCCGUGCUCCCACAUGACUUUCCCUAAAGUCCAGUGAAGGAGUCCAAAGCUUGUCAAUGACCAAAGCUUGAAAUAGAGUGUCAUUACGAUAUUAUGACAUAAAUUACAUGUAAAUAGUGUACAUCAUUAAAUAUUGACCUUUGACAUCCACACACAGAUUCUGUCUCCUUUAUGUUGGGGACAUGAGAGAUCAGAGACUUGAAAGAUGGGUUACCUACACGAUUCUCACUUGGGUCAGGGCAGCUCCUUCACAAAGCACCUCUGUUGGUAAUCAUUCACUGCAGGACACAAGGGAUGGCUUGAACAGCAGGUAUUUAUUAUCUCACAGCCUCUUUGGGGGCAGGAAUCCAAGUGUGGCUUAACCAAGUUGCCUGGCUCACAGGGUUUCAGUCGAGGUGGCAGCAAGGUCAGCUAGAGAAGGUUCUGUGGCCAGCAGGUUGGCAGGAGUUGGUUCUUUGCUGGCCAUUGGGCAUCACGUGGGUCCCUCCGUUAGACAGUUCCCAGCGUGGCUGCUCACUUCCCCAGAGUGAGGAGCAAGUGAGCAAAGCAAGCAGGAGAGAGGAAACAGUCACUGCCUUAUCACCAUGGAUGCCAGAAGUGACAUCCCUUAGCUUUACCUGUUCUAUUCAGUGUGAGUGCAUCACCAGGCCCAGCCUGCACAAGGAGUUUAAGGGGUACCAAGUGAACAUCAGGAGAUGGGGAUCAUUUCUGGAGUUAUCUACCACUGCGGGAAUCACUUGGGAAUGGAAUCAGGAAUUCUUAGGAGCAGCAACUCACUUGUGAGAUAGUUUGGAAUGCAAAUUCUUGAACUCUACCUAAGAUCUCUGAAUUGCAAUCUCCACACCUCAGAGCCCUAACUCUAGCAAACUCCUGGGGUGAUUCUGAAUAGAAUUUGGAGAGCACUACUCUACAACAGGGUUUCUCUGGUAGUUUGCCCAAGAAUUACCUAGGAAAACUUAUUGAACAUGAACUUCCUGGUUCUUACUGCUAAUAGUUAGUAUGUCAAAGGUCUAUCCCAGAAGUAUGCAUGUUUCAUGAAAAUGUUCAUUCUUUUUUUUUUUUUUUAACUUUUUAUUGGUAACAGGGAUCAAACUUAUGACUGCCUGCUUGCAAGGCAGGUGCUUAUGCUGCUGAGCUAAAUCUUCAGCCCCAAAAAUGUUCAUUCUUGCUCAGAGAUGUGUGCACACACAUCAAACAAGUGUCCUUUCCACCUGAUGCCCACCAGCUUAGAUUUGACUGUCAAAUCAUCUGUCCUUUGUUUCUAGCUUUUUAGGACUAUUAGAUGUUGUUUGUGUGGUGGGAGAGGAAGGGAGGAAUACACUGAGUCAAGGCAUCUUCCUGUCACAAAGAUUAGCUGCACAUCAGCUCCUCUCCUCUCUUAGGGGCUUGGUUAGCAUGUGAUCUUCACUCUAUGAACUAUUCUUUCCCAGGAAGGAAAUGAAAUGAUUUAAUGCUCUGCACUGUAAAAUAAAUGCAGUUUUGUUCCCACCACAAGUUACAAAAUCCCCAAGCUGGGAGGAAUGUUGUGGUUGAUGCUAGUCUGUCUAAUCUCCAUGUAGAGUCCUUUCAACAACAUUCCUUGGAGAUGGUCAGGGGCACACACAUUCCAGAACAGUUACACAUCUUAUAUUUGAAGAGGGCUUGCUUGGCCCUAGAACCCAUGCCAUGAGCCAUGCCUCAUCUGACUCGGGUUACAGAUUAUCUCCCCUUUCCCAGUAACUGAUCGUUAUCUUCUGGUCAGAUUUGAUGUUUGCUGUUUCUCUGAAAGUGUGAUUCCCAGGACUGCACCAAGCUGUUGACAUGGGCUGGUGGGUGAAGAGUACAGAGGAAUGUAACUGUAAUGAAUGUAAUUCAGUGGUGCUUCUUUACUUUGUGUUAAGGUUUUGCUUCUUCCCAGCAUUGACAUCUUAACCUUGGCUCACAUUGUGUUUUGUAAUCACUUGAAACUUCUAUGUCUUCUCACAUGAACGUUUUGUUUGCUCGGAGCUUUCUUAAUAGCUGCAAGUACACAUGUGCAUAUGUACACAUUUACAUUCGUUCAUACACAGCCAGACACAUGUGCAAAGGGUAAUGUCUCUAUCCACUUUACAUUUUAUUGGAAGCUUUGGACAAAAUUUUGUAGAUCUAUGCAUUUUGAUAUACUUGUAAAUAUGGUAGAUUUGUCUCUAAUUAGGUCACAUAUGAAUGUUCAGAUGCUCCUCCGAACAAGGAUAAGGCUAUUUUUUUUAGAUGAGCAAGGUACUGUAUCAUGUAAUUACAUUCCUACACUCUGGAUAUAAAUUCCUAGUUACAAUAGUCUUUAAAAGUGUUUGCAAAGCUCAAUGAAAAAAUGUGGGCUAACUGUUCUUUAUGGACUUGUGCUGAUGCUCUUUUUUUCUCAUGAUCCACACUGAGUGAAGUGAUGGUUUUACUGGUUCUCCAUGUAAGCGGGUCUUGUUAUCUGUAUAUCAUAGCCCAAACUGAAUUAGUUACCUAUUUAUUUUAACCUUCCUCCCCAAAUUUCCACCUGCUGCUUGCCUGCUGGUUGCUUGUGUCUCAUCUAAAUGAAAGGUGAGGACAGCCGAGUGUGGUGGAGCACACCUGUGCAUCCAGCACUCCGGGAAGCUGAAGCCAGAGGAGCACAAGUUGGAGUCCAUCCUGGGCAACUGUUUCAAAAUUUAAAAAGUGGAGCUGGGGAUGCAGCUAAUGCAAAGGCCCCAGCACCACAAAAACAAAAUGAAACAAAAAAUGCAAAAAUCAAACAAAAACCCAGCGUCAGAACUACAAAACUGUGGAAAAGCCUGUGAUGUGUUUUCAGCAUUCCAGUGCAUGACUUCCCUAACUAAUAGUGUUAAUAUUCUGAAAUCUGAGCACCACUUUUUCUCCUUUUCUUAUUGGUUUUCCAUUAGUUUGGGGUAUCUUUUAUUUUUUGUGUGUUGAUUUGUGUAACUCAUUUGGCCAGAGUUUCUUUGGGGAGAGAAGAGGCAGGGGAGAAGUGUCAGAAUGGGGCUGCGGAGUGGAUCUCCAGGGAUGGGAGACAGGGAUUUUGUUGUCAAGUCACAGGUGAUUUUGGGACAUCAUUUGACCUCCCUGUACCUCAGACCUUUGGUCUCUAAGGGAGGCUCACCUUUGGAUUGCUUUACUGCAGUGCUAUAUUCACAUUGUAUGACUAGAACGAGAAUUGGUGUCUGGGUGAAGAAAUUACAUAUUCUUGCUUCCCAAUUUUAUUCUGGCCAGUUUAUAAGUGCGUAAACAGAAAGACAGAAAAGCAGCCCCCACGCCAGCUGGAUAGUUAGUUAGUGGCAAACACAGCAGUACUUACUCCAAGUCUCAUGACUUAGUUCUGUCAUUCUGAGCUAACGUAACAGUUGUGCAGUGCAUGUAUGUGUGCAUGUAUCUGUGCAUGCAUUUGUCACCAUGGCGCUGCUCUGAGAACCUUUUGCCAAAAUUUUAGAAAGUGAGGUUACUUUCUUACUCAUAUAAUUCAUUUUUUAAGAAAACUUGAGUCAUUUUCCAUAAAUGGAGUUUCAUAAAUAAUGGAAACACUGCAGUCAAUUAAAGCGAGGUCCUGUUGCUUAGUGAAAGCACAAAGCCUUGGCUUGACCUAAUGUUUGAAAAUAGAGGUUCACAAGCAUGGGGUACAGAAAAAUAGACUAGGCCAUCACUUUUUAGUUUGGACAACUGGAGAAGUGGAGAAAGCAGCAAAAAGGACUGGCCUCUUCACAGUGACAGUCAUACAAGUUGUGUUUGGGCACAUACCCUCCACUUCAGGGAAGUGGGGAUCCCAUUGGCUGAAAGGAAAGGGGCAAGCAAUGAAAUAUGUAAUAUGAUUCAGGAUCAGAAGCUGUGUGAUGAGAAUCAAUUACAGGGUGUUAGGGAGACUCAAAGGAAGGGCUUUAUCAGUCACAGGAGCAGGGGUACCAGAGAGCGCUUUCUGGAGGAGCCAUAUCUAAAUUGAGUCCUGAAUAGAAAUACUUAAUUCUAACUGCAGGCUGGUGUUGGCAGAGACAGGCAUAUGUCAAGCAAAGGUCCAGAGGUGGGAGAAGCCUUGAUAAGUCCACUGAGACUGGAGCAGGGACAGUGGAGGAAAGUGAGAGGGGAGGUUGGAGAGCAGCAUGGAGACUGACCAAAGAGGUCCAGGGUGAGUGUGAGCCCUAGAACAAAGGUUAUAAGCACUCAGAAGAUAUGAUAUGAGAAUGAAGUCCAGGGAACUACAAGGGAAGAGUCCUGGCUGUGGAGUGCACAUUCUAGCUUCAUUUGAGUUUGACCAGGUUCUCCAAUAGUGUUCUUUUUCUGAUCCAGGACCCAGCCUCGGGUGCUAUGUUGCUUUUACUUCUCACAUUUCCCUAGCAAGCUUAGGUCUAUGGCUUUCUCACAGUGUUUCCUUGGCUACCAUGAUCUCCAUGGUUUUGACCUCCUUUAUUUUGAUAUUGAGUUGCACAGACCAAGGGCAGAGGAGGAAGAAAUUCAAGGAAAUGAGCUCUGUAUUUACCCAGGUGGUGGCAUAGCAAUGGGUAUUUCUAUUAGUCAUACCUGGGUUAGAGUCUGCUUCUGUGCAACUGUGUAGUCUUCAGCAAAUGAAUUAACUUCUCUGAGCCAAGUGCUGUCAAAAUUAUGUCAGCACCUGUGAAAGUACCAAGUACACACAGUGCCUGGCACAGAAGGUAAACAUUAGAUGAUCUGAUAAAGAUUUUGUUUACCUUUUUUAUCUUGCAGACAAGGAAAUGGUUGAAGCAGAUCUAUCUUUGGGAACAGUCUUUUACCCAAGGAAGAAAGGACUCAAAACAAAUGAGGCUAUUUUUAAAAGGAGUUAAUAAAAUAGUUUAUGUUCUAAAAAAAAAAAUGCCUACAAUGUUCCCACCCAUCAGUUUGUUUAUUUUAACGUUAGCUUUAAAAUUUUUUUCAUAUUAGGUUUUAGGUGGUACUUUGCAAUCCAUUACAUUUUUUUGGCAUAAAUCUUGAUGUUAAGAAAUGCAACAAAUGUAUCAGCUGAUGCUGGGGCUCCUGUCUUGCAUCCAGGGACAUUCAGGUUUGCAGCAGGUCCCGCUGGGGUACCAGAGCAAAUUAACGUACUUCUUAGCCUCAGGUAUUCCUCUCCUGGACUUUUAAGCAAGAUAACAUGGUGGUGGUUUGGUAUGAGCACUCAUUUCAUGGUAGUGGUCACAGGGUCUGGGACCCUCUAUCUGGUGGCAGUGUUAGGCUCCUCCUUGUGCCUGAAUUUAACCUGGACAAGAUUUCCCUGUUGGGCAGGAGAGAAUGUUAUUACCAGUGUGUCCCACCCUGCUUCUCCAACCUAGCCAGCAUUUUUGAGCUCGAUAUGAUGGACAAGGGCUUUGAGACCUUGCAGUUGGCUUGCAUUCCUGGGAGGGGUGUCUUCUGCCCAGAGAAGCAGAGGCAGGUGCUGGCUUGUGGGUAGAGACUCUGCCCAGCAGUGAUGGUCAGGGUGGGACCAACAAUAAUAUGUGAGGCUUAGAUUUCCCAAGGGUGGCUCAGUUUAGUUUCUUAGGCGAUAUAGGCAGGUGGGUGGGAGGAGAUGACACUGCUCUCAAAGCUGUUUGAAAGCCAGUUCCCACUUCAGGAGCUGUUCCUGUCUCUAUCUAGGACAUCAAGGUAGAGCAAAGGCUGAGUUCCUUCCAGGUGAGUCCAGAUGGGCCGGUGUGGGGAGGAUGGCUCAGUUCUGUGGGAUGGAUGACCAAAAGACAGGUUCAUUUGUUGUUCUUUGCUGAGAAACCAAGAGCUCCAGCAGGGGGCAGUGAUGUCUCUCUUGAACAGUACAUGUAUAUUGCCAGCCUACAACAGCAGCUUCAAAUCUUUUUCUCUUUUUACGGUGACUCAGAGUGAGAAAGACACUUUUGUGUUGCAUUCUAGUACACAUACGCAUAAAGAUACAUAUAUGUUUGACCAGCAACAUUUAUUCCUUACAACAUAUAAUGCAUUCUAAUCUAUUCAUUUUAAAAACACUCUAUUCUAGUUUAAAAAUAUACAGCAUGACUCACAAAAUGGAUUUCUGCUUCCCUAAUUUGAUGUUUGAGAAGUGCUGCCCUAAAGAGAGAUCUCUGAAAAAGUGCAGGAAGGCUCUGGCUUUGUUCUUUCUUCUUUAUCAUUCGAUGGACUUUUUGUGAACAGAGAAUAUGUACAUCUUGAAAUAAAUAAUUGUUGACUUGAAUGCAUGGUAGGCAUAAGGUCUUAUGCAAAACCUUUGUGAGGUGUUCUCAUCAUACAAUGCUGUUUAAGUUAGAGAAUAUCACUUUUAGUAUCUUUGAGAUUUAUGGAAAGGAGAAAGUUUGUCUAAGUCCAACUCAGUAAGCAAUCACAGUGAACUCAUGUCUGUCUGUCUGGCUGAUGUUGACAUCAGAGCCCAGAACCCUUACAUUAUAUUGCAUAAAUAUGACAGGGGAUGCGUCCCUGGGAAAGACUCUAUCCCUCAUAUCAUCACGAAUAGAAGUUGGAUUAAAGCUUACUUUAGCAGCUUGUAAUAGUGGGCCUGAGGUCAACAUAUUUUUUUCUGGUGGGUCAAAAAUUGAUGACUUUAGUGUGGGAGACCAAAUGUUCCAGAUCUUGAAAAAAAUGAAUUAUAGUCAGGUAACUUAGGCUAGUUUCCCAAAUGGAAAAUGGAAGGAGGAACAGAAAUGCCACAAUGGCAAAGUAGAGAGAAAUGUAAAUAAAGUGUAAACGAGAUUCUAAGUGGACUCUAGGUGAGGAGCAGGGUGAGCAAAGCAGCAGGAGCUACAGAGCCAUUAGCAGAAGAUGAUGAACACCUGAGCAGGGGAGGUCGGCAGCCAGGUGCAGCCUCGUGGGUGUCACUGGUCAUGGGACCAGAAGGUGAAUGUGGCCCAAGAAGGAGAUCACAGGCAGGAGAGAACAACCUGCUUCUGAUGGAAGUGCUGCCCGGGACAUCGUCCUUCUCCAAGUGUGCAUCAUGAAAUGGAGAGGCUGGGUGCAGCCCGCACACAUGCUGAGAUGCUUAAAUUCUGUACAUAAGUAGUGGAAAAGCAGUUUUUCAUACACUCGGUGUGUUUUAGCAAUGUUGUAUUCUAUCUUUUCUUAACCUUCCAUUUUAUUUGAUUUGUGAUUGCAAACUUUUACUGUCAUUCAUCCAAAGGAUUUUUAAAAUAAGCACUCUCUUCUGCCAGUUUAAUCCUUCUGAUCUAGAGAGAUCAUACUUAAAUUAAUAAAUGUGAGUCUCAGUUACUUUGCCUUCCUUAGGUGGCUCACAUAUUACAUGUGGAGAUGAAUUUUUGUUCUUGAACUUUCUUAGAAAUUGAGAACUUUUGAUAUUUGUGCAUCUGGGGAUCUGUUGGACGUCUGCCUCACGGAGAUGCCUUAGGAAUGUCUCUAAAUUUUCCCAAUAUCGUCCCAUCUGCUUGCCUCCUCAGGGGAGUAGCUGCGGACCAGGCCACAAUAACAGCUGUGUGGUGAUUCUGGUAACCAAACAACUCAUUAUUCAUCAGGCUGAACAAAACUACUUCUUUGUCAUAGAACAUGUGGAUUGGGAUGCUGGUGGGUGGAGGGAGAGAGAGCCAAAUGAACAAAUGACUUGGAGGAUUUACGUUUUGGGUUAUCUCAUAGUCCUAAGAGUUACACAGACUGACAUCCUGUCCCUUUUCUGAGUUCUGUGCUUGUUUCUCUCUCUCCAGUGGUAUAAUGUCUCUCUGUCUUUCAAUUCCCUGACAUUCUUAGACUACGUUUUGCUUUUAUGUAUGUGCUUACGGAUCCUUGUACUUUUGUUUGAGGACACUUAUCAUAAUUCAAAUUAUUGUUUUUGUGGCUCAGUUUUGUUUUUGGUUUCCACUGCUGUUGGAAGCUCCAGGAGAGGAGGGCUCUGGUCAGGGUCAUUACCACUGCAUUUUCAGAGUCUAGCCCUGGGGCUGACACACAGAUAGACUCGUAUCCAAGAUUUGUGGUGCUGGAGAAUAAAAUAUGAGUGAAUGAAGCUUCACAUUCAUUUUUAAAUCCACUCAUCAUUUAUGAGAGGGAGAAAGUAUUAAAAACAUGAUGUACUGCUUAUUGCUCAUGAGUUAUCGUGAUAUUGUAUAAUAGAGCUUGUUAUAUAGAUGCUCAAAAAGUUUAUUGGGAAUUAUAAGCAUAAUCUCCAUCUGUUUAAUAUGAGUUGUUGCAGAUGCAGUGGGUCUCUUUCUAAUUUUCAAUAGGUAGUAGAAUAAGUUAUGAUCUUUUACUGAGCCUGUACCAGGCAUUACACUAAAUAACUCACCAGUUGUAUAGGAUAUGAUCCUCCAAUUGACUCUAUAAAGAAGGUAGUUUCCCCAUAUAUCUGAGCGUAUCUGAAGUAAUCAAGGUUCAAAGUGGUUAGGACAUGUACAGAGAUUUGGGCUGAUCUGAAAACCAAUGCUUUUAAUAGCUAUAUAAUUUUGGUUACAUGGUGACACAUUCUCUCUCUCUCUCUCUCUCUCUCUCUCUCUCUCUCUGAGACAAGGUUUUGCUAUAUAGUUCAGACUGGCCUUGAACUCACUUUGUAGCUCUGGCUGGUCUCAAACUUGCAAUGAUCCUUCUGCCUCAGCCUCCUGAAUGCUGGGAUUACAGGCAGCCACUACCAUGCCUGGCCACGUAUUUUCUCUUUAAGAACUUAGCAUCUUGAAGAGAAAUAUUUUCCUAAGAACUUAUGAUAGCUUUACUUUGUUCUCAGGAAGACAGAUGACCAGGAAGUCUAGUAGCAGGGAACUCGGUUUGUAUAAUUCUCACUGUAACAAAUACCCCAGAAAAUCCCUUCAGUUGUGAAAUUUUCUAGAGAAUGAAGAGGAUUUAGCAACAAGUGACAUCUUUGGUGUGUUUAGGCUUAAAUGGCCAGAGUAUUGUUUUUGAAUCCUAAAUGUCCUUCUUUGGGAAUCAUAGGUUGAGAGUAUGGUAACACUCAGGAAAAAUAUCUGGUCCCUGCCUCCGAGUACCUGUCAGUCUGCUCAGAGGAGGCAGGAUGCAUCUGUGAUGUGAGAAUGGGGAGGAGGAAAAGUCUGAGUUUAGGUCUGUGAGACACAGACCUCUGUCUGCAUUCCUUUGUCCAUCUGUCCAUGCAAACAUUCAUUCAUUGAUUCAUCUGUGCAGCAAGUCAUCCAGUCAACUAACUAGUCAACCAACCACCCAACCAACCAUCAACCCAUCCACCUAACGAACCAACCAACAAAUUGGCAACACCUUUUACGGGCUAGCUUCCCACACCAGUAAGCAAGGUAAUGACAGUCCUUGACCAUAUGAAACCUGUGAAUUCCUUAGAAUACUGGGAUCCUCUGAUAACUUCAUCAUUCUCAUGCCAACAGCUUAGAUUUAAGUCUACACAGACCAGACACUGUGCUAAGUGUUGCAAUUUUGUUAUAUCACUGACUUCUCUUAACAUUCUUUCCAAGAAUUAACACAUAGUUAUACUAAUUGCAGAUUGUUCAUAUAACAUAUAUGAAGAAACAAGUUUAAAAAAAACAGGUCGUGAACUCUUGCCCAAAGUCCCACAGCAGAAAAAUUAUACAAUCAAGAUAUGUAUCCCAGCCUCAUCUAUAUUGCAAGCAUUGCGUGAAACAUCAACUGGGCUUUUGCUAAAUCUCAUAGAACUUUGGCCAGAUAGGCCUUGUGCAUUUGACUGCUCAUCAAAUGUGUGACCUCAGACAAGUGUUUAAACACUCAGUGUCUCAUCUUCACCACUGGUAAACAGGGGUGACAAUAGAACUUAGGAUCAAGUGAUUUAACGUAUAUGAAAUGCAUGGCACACGCUACACAAGUGUUGGCUGCUGUUGUUACUGUUGUAUAGGCAGAUAUUUCUGAACGUCUGAUUUUGGGGAAAAAAGACAAUUCAACUUGCAAUAUGUACAGAAAAUACUUACAAUGUGCAUCCAACUGAAUGUGAAAUAAGUGUAGUGCUCAUAUUGUCCACUUGAUUAUAUGUCGUAAGGUCAGAGAUUGUCUAUCUGGGUCAUCACUAUACUCACAGCACUAAACAAUGCCUGACCCAUGGAAGGUGCUCAACAUUAAUUAUUGGAUAAAUAAAUGAAUGGUUUCAAGCA